CUUGUGUCGAAUCUGGUGUUGGGGAAGUUAAAACGAGCCCGUAGACAGACACCAGUCGUAAAGAAACCAUGGCAGCCACCCAAGCCUCCAAAGAGCAGAAAUACGACAGGCAGCUCAGACUGUGGGGGGACCAUGGCCAGGAGACGCUGGAGAACGCUCAUGUGUGUCUCGUCAACGCCACAGCAACUGGAACAGAGAUACUGAAGAACCUGGUGCUUCCAGGUAUUGGAGCGUUCACCAUAGUUGAUGGACACACGGUGUCUGGGGAAGAUGUUGGAAACAACUUUUUCCUCAGCAACAACAGCAUUGGGAAGAACAGAGCACAGGCUGCCACGGAGUUACUACAAGAAAUGAACAGUGACGUCUCUGGAAACUUUGUUGAGGAGAGUCCAGACAAACUUCUAGACAACGAUCCAGAGUUCUUCCACAGGUUCACCAUAGUCAUUGGUGUCCAUUUGCCAGAAAGCACGUGUAUGAGGCUCGGCUCAGUUCUGUGGAGUGCAUCGGUACCUUUCCUCGUCUGUAAAACCUAUGGCCUCAUCGGCUACAUGAGACUAGUCGUGCAGGAGCAUACAGUGAUUGAAUCUCAUCCAGACAAUGCCUUGGAGGACCUGAGGUUAGACCAGCCUUUUAGCGAAUUCAAGAACCACAUUCAGUCGUACGACCUUGACAGUAUGGACAAGAAGGAUCACAGUCACACACCGUGGAUUAUCAUUGUUGCUAAAUAUCUGGAGAAAUGGCUCAGUGAGCACAACUGUCAGGCACCGAAGAAUUACAAGGAGAAAGAGGCGUUCAGACAAAUAAUUCGGGAAGGAGUUCGUAAGAACGAGAAUGGAGUCCCAGAGGAUGAGGAAAACUUUGAAGAAGCUGUUAAGAACGUCAAUACUGCUUUAAAUCCAACCAAGGUUCCUACUGCUCUUGAAGACCUCUUCAAUAGUGAGCAGUGUAACAACAUCACAUCACAGACCCCGGCCUUCUGGGUGAUGCUGCGAGCUGUCAAAGAGUUUGUCCACAAUGAAGGCAGUGGAAGCCUGCCUGUGCGGGGAACCAUCCCAGACAUGAUUGCAGACUCUCAGAAGUUCAUCAGCCUUCAAAAUAUUUACAGAGAAAAGGCCAUGCAGGACACAGCAGCUGUUUCUAAGCACGUUGAACGUCUAUUGCAGUCUGUUGGAAAGCCCCCAGAGAGCAUCUCUGAAAAAGACAUCAAACUUUUGUGUAAGAACGCAUCCUUUCUGAGGGUGGUGCGCUGCCGAUCUCUGGCUGAAGAAUACAGCGUUGAUUCAGUAAAUAAAGAUGAAAUCACCUCGUGCAUGGACAGUCCAGAUAGCGAGAUGGUCUUCUACCUCAUGCUCCGAGCUGUUGAUCGCUUCUAUCAACAGCACUCCCGCUACCCAGGAGUUUACAACUACCAAGUCGAGGAAGACAUCAGCAAACUGAAACUCUGUGUGAACAGCCUCCUGCAGGAAUACAGCCUCAAUGUCAACAUCAAAGACGACUACAUCCAUGAGUUCUGCAGAUAUGGAGCAGCAGAGCCACACACGGUUGCAGCAUUUUUGGGAGGAUCAGCUGCUCAAGAGGCCAUCAAGAUCAUCAGCCACCAGUUUGUGCCCUUCAGCAACACAUUCAUUUAUAACGCAAUGUCACAGACCUCUGCCACCCUGCAUUUGUGAAUUAUUGACACUUUUUCUGACAGAAAUAUCAGAGGAAACUGGGAGGAGAAUGAUUAAUAAAUGAGAAAGUGAACACGUUAAUUUAAAACCUGUGUAGUAUUUUAGUCUGUCAAACUACAAGUUUAUGGAUGAUAAAUUGCGGGACUUUUGGUUAAGAAUUAUUUAACAAAAUAAAAACAUAACAUAUAUAUAAUUUUGUCUGUGGAGAUUGUCAUUCAUCCAGGUCAUAGUUAUCUUUAGGGCGUUGAAUCAGGUGGACAUUGUUGUAGAUUCUUUAAACCAAGAAACUAAGAAUCUACAACAAAGUCCAUCUGCUGCUGAAUAUAUCAUUUUUAACUCGUAUAUUGCUAUAAAAUAUUACAAUUUUUAACCCCAUUUGUUUGCUUUUAAAUCAAAGGUGACAUCCAAUUUACAUUGAGAUAAAAUGCUAACUAUCGAACUUUCCCCCACUGUUCAAAUACAGUCAGUUGUUAACUGUUCAAUAGAUGAAACAAAGAUAACACAGAAUAAAUGUUGUCUGACAAAUGUGAGCUUCUCGAUAAGCCUGUAACCCGUACGACCAGGUUCAGGUUUUUUGGGGGGUGAGUUGAGGACUUUUACUUUAUCAAACACCAGAGGGCACUCUUCCGUGUUUUGCCAUUCAUAGGUUAACUGUAACUCAAACUGUAGUUAUAUGAAGUAUAUUUUAAAACUUGCCCAGUGACUUAUUCCCUGAAUGCUGGCAGUUGGACACGGACGUGAAUUUGUGAUGUGUUCAGUUGUAGGGUGUUAGCAAAAUACUCGCAGUGUUCAUCAUUAACCAAUAUGUCGGUAUGAGACUCAUGGUGUCCGAGGCGGGUGUGAUGUAACAAACGAGCACAGGACCCCUGUUUGAGAAUUAUGUUGUGAGGGUCAAUGUGAUGUAAGUGUUGGGCAGGGUGAAGAUUUUCAUUUGUUGUCUCUUCCCAGACUUGGCAGAAUGGGGGGAAAUAUGCCCUCAGCAGAUGUUUUCCUUGUAAGACUCAGUCUAUGACCCCCCCCCUCCUCCCCGGCCAGCUCCCCUCACAGAUAUCUGUCCCAUAUCCUCACACAAACACACACUCGCCCUCUUGUCUGAAGAGGGGGUAGAGCGGGCUGCCAACAAGUACUCUGGCCAUUUCCUAAAUGAAGAUUUUGACCGCUGCCUCUUAGAGAUUAUCAUGUCUCCAUCCAUCCACCCACUAAUUCUUAAGAUUAUCAUAUUUGCAGUGCCAGGUUUAUUCGUCCAGACCAGACAGUUUUCUCUUUUUAUUUUUUUGAUAGAGACACGUUGGUCUGGGGGGAAAAAAGCUUAGGCUCAGUUGAAUUCUGUCCCUAAGGUCAUCAGAGGUUGUUCAAAUUCCUACCUCUCUACUCGUUACCCGUCUGGUUUUAUUAGCAGAUAUAAGCUGGUUUAACAUGAAAACAUGCUCAUGCAGGCUCACGUUAUUGUUGUUAUUCUUAACUAUCUAAUUAAAAUAUCAAGAUGUUCAAUCCCUA